UGCUGACAUCUCAGUGAGGAAACAUGCCUGAACCCGCCAAGUCUGCGCCCAAGAAGGGCUCCAAGAAAGCGGUGACCAAGACCGCCGGCAAAGGAGGCAAGAAGAAGAGAAAGACCAGGAAGGAGAGCUACGCCAUCUACGUGUACAAGGUGCUGAAGCAGGUGCACCCCGACACGGGCAUCUCGUCCAAGGCCAUGAGCAUCAUGAACUCGUUCGUCAACGACAUCUUUGAGCGCAUCGCCUCCGAGGCGUCCCGUCUGGCUCACUACAACAAGCGCUCCACCAUCACCUCCAGGGAGAUCCAGACCGCUGUGCGCCUCCUGCUGCCCGGUGAGCUGGCCAAGCACGCCGUGUCUGAGGGCACCAAGGCCGUCACCAAGUACACCAGCUCCAAGUAAACAAGCUGUUUACUAGCUGCACAACAAAGGCCCUUUUCAGGGCCACCCACUACUACUGGAAAGCAAUGAUUACACAAUUAGACAAUCUCUAAUUGUCUAUCACUGUGUGUGCUAGGCUAGAUAUUGCAUUUCAGUGUUCCAGAAAUCAAUGAUAGUGGGCUAAUGUUAGUGUACAUAUAGAAAUACUAGCAAUAUUGCUAUCUUGGCAAUGAUAGGGGAAGUGAAACCAUUAAGAUCAUUUCUGUUCAGGUUAACUGGUAUACAACAUUUACAUGAUUAGGCAUUUGGAA